CCUCCAUCUACCCAUAUUAAUCAAAACUACAGAAGUCAGCUGAUCGUCCUGUACGUGAUAGGAAACAUUGAAUGGUGUAGUUUCACCCUUCACGUCAGCGUAGAUCACGAAAAUAUGAAUGAAAAUCGAAUGGACAAUGACAGUAUGAAAGAAGAAACUGUCCUCUUACUCGAGCCGUUUUACGGGGGAUCACAUAAGCAACUUGUAGACACUUUAAUUGAUGGUUUAAAUAAUGGAGAGGAUAUUAAGUCAACAUUCUUAAUAUCCUUGCCAGCAAAAAAGUGGCACUGGAGGGCCCGGACUAGUGCACUGUACAUAUCACAAACAAUACCAAGAAAACAUAAUUUCAAGACUGUGUUUGCCAGCUGUGUACUGAAUCUUGCUGAGCUGGUUGCAUUACGUCCAGAUCUGUCAAAUACCAGGAAGAUUGUCUACUUUCAUGAAAAUCAACUGGUAUAUCCUAUUCGAAAGGAGAAGGAACGAGACUUUCAAUAUGGGUACAAUCAAAUCCUAACCUGUCUUGUGGCUGAUGUUAUAUUGUUCAAUUCUAAGUACAAUCAAGAUUCAUUCUUGGACUCCAUAAGCAAAUUCAUGAAGCUGCAACCAGAUUUUCAUCCCAAGGACCUGAAACAGCAGAUUGCUCCAAAAUGUAGAGUUCUGUACUUUCCUAUAAAGUUCUCUUCAUUGGAAACUUCAGUAGAUACAAACAACAGAGUGCUUCACUUAGUGUGGCCACAUAGGUGGGAGCAUGAUAAAGAUCCUGAAACAUUCUUUCGAGUGUUGCUGAUGCUGAUGGAUGCUGGACUUAACUUCCAUGUGUCAGUGCUUGGAGAAUCAUUUUCUGAAGUUCCACCAGUAUUUGCUGAAGCAAGAACUCGUCUGGGCACUCGGGUUGUUGACUGGGGUCACCAGAAAACAAAGGAUGUAUAUUAUGAGAUACUUAGACAUGCUCAUAUUGCUAUAUCCACGGCUAAACAUGAGUUUUAUGGGGUUGCAAUGUUGGAAGCAACAUAUUAUGGAUGCUUUCCCCUGUGUCCAUAUACCUUGGUAUAUCCAGAGCUCUACCCAAAUGAAUGCCUGUACAAAAGUGAAGAACAGCUCUUAAAAAUGCUUGAGGACUUCUGUAAGAAACCAAGUUUGGCAAGACACAUGAGACGUAAUCUUAAAAUGGAUUUCAAACUUUUCAGUGCUGACUGUCUAAUCAGUGAAUAUAAGCAUGUUUUAUCACCACAGUGACACAGCAAAUACACAAAAUACAACACCAGUAUACUUCUUAGUUCACUAUAAAAACAGAAGAUACAUGCUAUACAAUCUGAGCUACUGACAGUGUUAUUAAAUAAACCACAAGUAAAUAAAAAACCGUAUACCUCAUAA